GUCAUCACUCUAAAGCCUCGGAGGACUGAGAUUGUGCAGGCGAACGGAAGUCCCCGAGCUUGAAGGAGCUUCCCAUCGGUGCAGAGAAAAUAUGGAGGAGACCCAGCAAAGAAAGAGAAAGAGGAGAAGGAGAAGGGACUCUGAAUUAUCUCGCUCCGCUCCGCUCGGAUCGGCCGAUGCAGACACCGCUCUGUGUCUGCUUCUAGCUUCCGUCUCCAAGAUCAACGCGGGAGGCCGAGGCCGCUCCGACCCACUUCCUUCCUCGUCGUUGGUCAAGCGAUGCUUGCGGAAAGUUCUCUCUUUUCUCUCGAAAUCGGACGACCCAGUUUCGAGCUUUCGGAAGAUACCCCUCGCUGCCCUCUUCUCCGUGCUUCCCGUGCUGCUCAAAUCCAACAGUCCGGAUAUCGCCUGUCUUUCUGCUAAGGUUGUAGGAAUGGCUUCGCUCUGUUCUUUCGAUAUGAACCAACGAAUCGCCUCGGAUGCAGAAAUUUUGGAAAGCCUGGUAUCGGGUUUGAGGAGUUCGAAUAGGAGAGUCAAAUUGAGUGCGUGCGGUGCCGUUUCGGAUUUGGCGACUAGUUUGGUCGGGCGGCAGAGCCUUCUUGAGCAUUCUGCUUUGGAGACUCUCAUGGUUUGCUAUCUUCAGGUGGCCAAAUGUUUUGUGGAUUCUGUCACAUUAUUCCCAGUGGACAAUGGAUUCAAUAGGAGUCACAUUACAGCUGCAAAGGAACAUGAACUUUCUGUUUCACUUCUUGAUGCUGUUAUUGUACUUGUUAACUCCUGCAAUAUCAAGCAAUUGGAAAGAGUUCCAUCUGAGCUCUCUGAAAGUUUCUUCUUCCUUUUGAAAGAGCUGUGGACUAAACUGCAUCCUCGAAUGUACAACUCUACGGUGUGCAGCCAGCAAAAAGACUUGUUGAGCAAUAUGAGGGUGAACGAUCUGGCAGAGAGCAUUUUCAGACUUUCUAUUAGAUUCCAAUGUACCACUGUUCUGCCAAUCGAUCAAAUCAGGAGAAGCAUUUUUGGGUUACCACAGUCUAGUUUCAAAGAUUUUAUAGAGGGCUAUUGGGAAGUAUCACCUUUUCUCAUAAGAAGGACCUCAAAUGCUGUGGAUGAGGAGAAUAUAUUUAACUCCUUUUUGAAUUGCAUUAAUCCUAAAGAUGUUGUUCACCAUCUUCUCUCUUCUGUCCUCCAUUGUGCGGUGUCCUGCCCACCUAUUGCUUCUGAUGAGCUGGACAUCUUCAAUUUCCUAAAAAACGAGAGAGAUAGCUUGGGUAUGCCCAUAAAAUACCAGCAGGAUAUAAGGGUACUAAAAGCAGAGAGGCUUUCCAACACUGAGAAACAUCUUUUCCUCGAGAGCUUGAGUUCUUGCAUCCAGUCUCCUCAUGUGCUUAGCUUUGAUGAUAUAUUCAGAUGUGAUGAAGCUUACAAAGAUGGUUAUACAGUGGCUAUGCGUGGUAUGGAGUUCCGCUUUAGGUCCAUCGCUGCUAUCACUGAAGGCUUAGCAUCUUUGUUUGGUCAACCAUCUGUAGGUGCCAAUCUUUACUUGACACCACGCAAUUCUCAGGGGUUGGCACGGCACUACGAUGAUCAUUGUGUUCUUGUGUGUCAACUUAUGGGAAUGAAACAGUGGACAAUUUCCUCUCCAAGGAAUAAGCUUUUACCUCGUUUAUAUGAACCUCUUGAUGGCUCCCAAGGUUCAAAUGUUGAUGCUGUACCAAAUGCAUGCAUGCAAAUUCUGCUGAAGGAAGGAGAUAUAUUGUACAUUCCCAGAGGUUACGUUCAUGAGGCUCAUACUACUAAUGAUGUACAAAAAGAUUCUGCUGGUCUUUCCUUACACCUAACACUUGCCAUUGAGGUUGAAGCUCCAUUUGAGUGGGAGGGAUUUAUUCACAUUGCUUUGCAUUGGUGGUUUCAGGACUUGAAGCAACAUGUAUCUUCUGAUUCAAUGACUGGGACUUCAUAUGCAGCUUGCAUCAGGCUUUUGCACUUUAUGAUCAUGUCGCUUGGUGAUGUUGAUCCAAUGUUUCGCAAAGCUUGCUUAGUUAAUUCAAUAUGUUUUUCAAGGGACACCAACCACUGGCUUUAUCAAAGCCAGGUUGCCAUUUUCAGAUAUCUACUUGAUAAGAUCAAUGAGUCAUCUAAAUUCAUGGAGACACUGCAGAGUUUAGAGAGGUCGAUUCAGAAGGAGGAAGAUCCGUUUAGGAGAAUAAGAUGGCUUGAAAGUUUCAACCACAAUGAAGAAGAAGCCAAUGUAAGGUACGAGUAUCACAUAUUUGACGUAGAUGCAAAGCAAUUAUAUGAUUCAUAUCCUGAGGGAAAGGAAACACUAGAAGCAGCAUUUUUAUUGGUGAAAUCUAAGUUCUGUAAGCAAGUGUUGUUGGAGGAUGUAGUUCCUAGGUACAGGUUGCUGCUGGAGAAGUACAGGAAAGUGAGGAAGCAAUAUUUGAAUGGAAUGCUUUUGCUGCACCGUGACUUGGAUUAGAUUAAAAGUUUUGUUAUGAUCUCUCGGCCCAAUCAUGAAUUCCUUUUAACCUUUUUCUAACUCUCAUCUCGCUCUAACCCUUUCCUUUCAAAAGUUUAUGUCCUGAACUUUCCAAAUGUUACAUGUCACUUCACCUUGGUCGUUCACCUGCGUUUGCCUCACAGUAGCAUAAACCAUCAUACCACCUAGCGACUCACCUUACUUGAAACGUAUAAAUGUUCUAUAGGCUCACAUAUGUGUCCUUGGGUCCUAAGAUCCUUAAAGUAAGCCUGUCCUUUAAUUACCUUUUUUCCCUUCAUACUGUAUUCCCCUUAUAGCAUAGGUUGGAGCUUAAAGGAUUUGGAGAAGAAAUUAUUUCGGAUGAGAUUUGGUUUUUCCUUUUUAUACAAAACUUUGAUAAUCAUGUAAUCUGAUGUAACUGCAAAGGUUCAUAUCAGAAAUACAUGCAUUUUUCCCCCCCCCCUCCAAAAAAAAAAAAAAAAAAAUCCAUAAAUUUAGCCGAAAGUGGCGAAGGCGCCUUCCUUUUGUGACUUGUGAGGCAACGAGGACCAUUCCUGAGGCUGACAGCAUCGGAAGAUCAAUGAGAAGCAAAAUAAUUGCUAGAAGAGCUUCAACAAUGAUGAUGAUGAGAGAAAAGUUAAAUAAUGCUCGAAUUGAAUCUCAAAAGAGGGGUUUGGAUCUUGUAGAUCUGAGACAUUGUUAGGGUUUUCAUUUGGUGAGAACUGCGGCCAAACAAAAAGAAGAAAAGAAGGGAGCAUUUGCUUUGCAAGAGAGAGCGCAGUGGAGACUGGAGAGCAAAUGAAGGCCCUAAAAAGGAGCCUUUGAUCAGUUGAGUCAUCUGGCAGCAAUUGCGAUCGAGUGAAUGAGCCUGAACUCUUAAAUGGGACUGAACCGAACCAAAUCCUAAGUAUCUUUGUUAUGUUUGGCUAUGGUAGUACCUUUAGAAAAUGUCGCUAAAUAACUGAGCCGAGUCGACUUUGACACUUCAUUGGCUUGGUGACAAUUAUAUUUUAAAACCUUAUAGAAACACUUAAAAA